AUGUCCCGUGUGUCGGAGAGGGUGGCAACAGAAAAUAAGAUCUUCAAACAUGAAAAUAAAGCCCUCCCGGAAACAAUUAACCUGCAAAAGAGGAAACGGAAAGCAAGAAAAGCCAUGGGGCUCUUUAACCCGGAAGAAAAUGGUGGACAGCCUCGCCUGGCAGAUAAGGAACAGGCGGUGGAGCAGCAUGAGCAAGCGAUUGAAGAUCGUCAGCUGCAAUCUACCAUCGUACGCGAAGAAAAGGCUCGGGAAUUGACUGAUAGGAAAGAACAGCGAGCUGCAGCGCGUCAGGCAUUGCAAGAGCAGCGCGCCCAGAAGAAGGCAGAGCGAGAGAGUGUGCGGGAGAUGAAACGAGUCCAGAAGCUGGAAGAGGCAUCCAGACAGAAAGAAGAAGGUUUGGUAGUACGGCCGAACGAAAGGCUAUUUAUUCAUCAGGCCAAGCUGCAACUAUCCGCUGCACUUAAGGCGGGUGCAAGGGGAACUAGAUGA